CGUGAUGAUUUAAUGUCAUGCGACAUUCCAUCUUUAGCCGUGGUAACCAAACUUUACUCCAGUACAAAAGUAUUUUAUUCUGGCACAUAAAUUCUUAGGAUAAUCUGUGUUCUUAUUUGGAAAUUUUGACUGUACUGUAAGAAUGUCUGGUCGUGACGGCGGUAAGAAAAAGCCUUUGAAGGCACCGAAAAAGGACCCAAAACUGUUGGACGACGAAGAUGUAGCGUUUAAGCAGAAGCAAAAGGAGCAACAGAAAGCACUUGCUGAAGCUGCAAAAAAAGCAAGUCAAAGGGGUCCCCUCGUCACGGGUGGUAUAAAGAAAUCUGGCAAAAAAUGAUCCAGUUAAGACUGAUGAAAAACACGCAUCGUGCACACCAUGUUCUUAUCAAGGCAUAAUUUUGAUAUUAUCAAUUAGUAUACCAUCCGAAAUAUAUUUCGAGCCCCCGAUACUAAGAAAUGGUCAACAUCUGUAAAUAAAACGUUUAUUGAUUAAAUGACAGCAAUAUACGUAUUUCAUAGACAUU